AUGACCGAGGUGACACGCAGGUUGGAUGACUGGACGGAGGUCACUCGUGGCGGCAUCGCUGAUCUGCGUUCUGAGAUCGGGGCGGUGAAGCUGGAGCAGCGCUUCGCGCAGACGCUGCGCACUGCCAGCGACGCUGGAUCGCGAGGACAGACACCCCUGGCGGUGUCGGUAGCCGCGUGUACCCCAAAGGAGGUGGUGCGCCAAGACACCGAUGUCGGGGAGGAACUCAAGAGGCGGCUGGAGGUCUACGAAAAGAAACUCUCGGCCAUCCACAGCGAGCACCUCUUUGACGCCACCAGCCUCAAGGAGCGCCUGGAGUCCGCGCUGCGGGAGAGCGACCAGCAGAUGUCCCGUGCCGACGAGCUCCAGGCCCUCCUGAAAGAGGAGCAGGGCCGGCGUGCUUUGCUCUUUGCGCGGCUGGAAGCGGUGGAGGCUUCGGUUCAAGAUCUCCGCACAAAUCAGAAGGACUUCGCCUCUGCCCCGGAGGUGACAGAGAGCCUCCUUAGGGCCGAGAUGAAGAAGGAGGCACAGCAGAUUCGGGAGGAGCUCCGCUCGAGCCGCGGCGCAGGCGGCGAGGACUUGUCCCGCCGGUGCGAGGAUCUGGAUCGCAGGCUGGCAGAGUUGCAGCAGUCGCACUGCUCGGAGACCGCAGCCCUGCGGAACCGUGUGGAGGCUGCGAUCCGGGACUGCGACCGCCAGAUGGCCGCUUCGGACACGCUCCAGCGGCGGUGUGACACGCUGGAAAGCCGAGUGGAAGUCUUCGACACCAAAUCGCCCGAGGACUUUCGCUACGCAUCGGGGGGCUCCUUGCAGGAGGCGGCCCAGCUGCGCGCCGAGCUGCGGCAGGAGAUGCUGGCGAUGCGGGAAGAGCUGGACCGCCGAAGCUCCGAGCAUCAUGGCACGGUGGCGCAGAUGGAGGCGGCCAACCUGGACUUGCUGCGAAAGCAGGAGGCAGCAGAGAGGCAACUUGUGGAGUGGAAACAGGACCACCUCUCCGAGACCGUGGCCUUGCGGGGCCGCUUGGAGGAGACGGUGGGAGACCACCACUCGCACCAGGUGGGUCUUGGCGACGUCAAGCAGGAGGUCAACGAUGAAAGAACGAAGCGUCGGGAGGAGAUGGCGGCGGUGCGCUGCAGGUUGGAGACCUUGGAGCGCAACACCCAGGCGGCCCAGGGUCGAGGUGGAGGUGGAGGAGGAGGUGGAGGUGAAAGCGGUGCAGAACUCAGUGAGCUCCGGGCAUCCCUCCUGCAGGCCAACCAGGAUCUUGUUCGCUUGGCUCAAGACUUCACCAACAUGCGAGAGGAGCACGACCAGGCCAUCAGCAGCCUGGGCAGCUUGACGGAGUUGGUGGCCAAGACCGCCACCGCGGGCAUCCAGCGCUCUGAGGAGCGCAUGGCCGCGGACCUCACCGGCAAGCGCCGGGACUUCGAGCUGGGGACCUCGGACGACCAACACCGCAGAUGGUGGACACCAGUCAGACCCGUGGCGGUGUACCUGGGCAAACGAACGUUUGCGAAGCCUUCUCUGAAGCUCCUCACCGCUGGCAAGUAUCAUGGCCAUCCGGUCCGCUGA